UCAUUCACGUUUUGACAUCUAUGUUCCUAGCACACGAACACUGCUCCCUCUCUCUUAUAGGCAGAGUAUUUCACGGCUUAACCUCUCGAUUCUUCAGCUAUCGAACUCCUUUCCCUCUAUGGAGGAACUACAGUGGCAAUUUGAUGAAUGGUGCUUCUUUAUCUUGUAGCAUAUGGUCAGCUUUCUCCUACUGUGUGCAGCAAGUGCGUAGUUAUGAUUACCGUCGCUACCUUUGCCUCCUUGAACUUCCCCCUCCAAUGCGGAAAGUUGCUUUUGCACUCCAUGCCUUUAAUGUUGAAACAGCAAGAGCCAUGGAUGUGGCUUCUGGUCCCAGGAUUGGGCUUAUGCGCCUCAUCUGGUGGCAGGAAGCUAUAGACAAAAUCUAUGCUAAAAAGUUAAGAGAGCACCCAAUAGCACUGGCUCUAUGAUCAGUGAUAUCUGAGAAUAAAAUUAGCAAGGGAUGGUUGAAAUGAUCUGUUGAUGCUCGGAUGAAUGAUGCAAGAAGAGAGGAGGUUACUGAUGUUCCCUAAACCAUUGAAGAGUUGGAGAAAUAUGCUGAGGAUACUGUAUCAACUAUUCUGUACAUGACACUUCAAGCUGGUGGUAUCAGUAAUCAGUCUACUGCAAGUGGCCUCCUUUUGUUGCUUAAGUUGCUACCUUACCAUGCCAGUCAUAACCAUCAUUUUUCUUACAUACCAACUAAAGUGGCUGCCAAACAUGGCUUGUUGGUGAAGGAGGGAGGUCCAUCAGAGAUCUGCUUAGAUUCUCUUGAGUGCCUAUGUGAUGCAGUCUUUGACAUGGCAUCUGUAGCUAAAAUCCAUUUACAGAAGGCUUGUGAACUAGCUGGAACAAUGCCAGCUGAGGCUCGUCCAGUGCUUCUACAGGUGGUUCCCGCCCAAGUUCUCUUGGACUCCCUAAGCCAGGUACUCUUUGAGGUAUUUGAUCCAAGAUUAUCAAGAGGGGUCUUGGGCAUUCUUCAUUUGUGGUAUCAACUUAAACUAAAGUGGUAUUCAUGGUGGGGGAAAUAUUGAGGCGUGGUUCUGGGCUUUUACCCGUUCCAACAAAAAAUUCUGUCAGGUGAGGGAAAUGAUUUUGCAGAUAUAGCAGGUCCAAUAAUUUUUUCUAGGGUGGUCACUUAAUUAUAGAAAAUCUAAUAAAAGAGAAUUUCAUAUAUUGAAAGAAAAAAAAAAAAAAAAAAGAGAAAAAAACACACAAAUACAUAAAGAUUUAUGAUUUCUUUUUACAGGUUUUCAUAUUUUAAAAUUGUUGCAUGAUAGUUUUAUUAUCAAUGCUACAAAAUACAUAUAUUUUAAAUUUUAGUUAAACAAAAUUAUUUUGGGCUUCUUUUUGACACUGAAAGUACCUAAUAUAUUAUUAAGGAGACCCAAGUUUAAUUUUGUUGGGCUUGAAAAAAAUUUAGGUGGUCACAAAUUUUUUAUUUUUUUUAGGAUAGAUAACUCAUAAAAUUUUUAAAAUUUAUGUAUAAUUAUUAUUACUUUUCCAAGUCAGGGUGGUCCUGAUCACCUUGUUGAAAUGUGGAGCCGUCUUACAUAUUACUGUUUUAAUUUCCUCACAAUAAUGGAAUUUUUUUUCCCAUGAAACCCUCAACUUUGCUUUUUCGUAUUAUGAAGGCUAGGAAGUUUUUGCAGAGUGAUUUAUAUGAAGCCUUAUAAAAGGCAUGGUAUGCGCGCUAAUGGUUUUGACUGGCAUGCAGAUCGGUAGAGGCGUGGGGUCUAUGUACGUUCUUCCUAGAGAUUUUAGUAAACUAUGUCUAUUUUCAUGUCUGGUGCAAUAAUUUUUGGCUUUCACACUGUAUUAUCAUUGUCUCGUUGGUUGGAGUUUUGAGUUUUGGGACUAAUAUUUGGUACAGACCGUACAGUAUUGUCAUUGUGGCAUCUGCAAUUGAAUUCUUACAUGGGCUGUUGGGAUCCGUUUUAAGUGGAUAUUGGGCUUUGUGCUCCCUUUGAGAUAGAUGUUGGGCUUCUAGACUAUAGCCAUUUUCUAUAAUUCUUACAAUAUUGGCUUCUGUAUUUGUCCAUUCAAAAUAACAAUGAACAAAUCUUUAGCUAACAGUAAGUCUUCCUCAA